AUGGCAGCCGAGACGGUACAGCAGCCGAGACGGUAUAGCAGCCGAGACGGUAUGGCAGCCGAGACGGUAUGGCAGCCGAGACGGUAUGGCAGCCGAGACGGUACAGCAGCCGAGACGGUACAGCAGCCGAGACGGUACAGCAGCCGAGACGGUACAGCAGCCGAGACGGUACAGCAGCCGAGACGGCUGCCCUCUACUCCUGUAGGCUGCCCUCUACCCCUGCAGGCUGCCCUCUACUCCUGCAGGCUGCCCUCUACUCCUGCAGGCUGCCCUCUACCCCUGCAGGCUGCCCUCUACCCCUGCAGGCUGCCCUCUACUCCUGCAGGCUGCCCUCUACCCCUGCAGGCUGCCCUCUACCCCCUGCAGGCUGCCCUCUACCCCUGCAGGCUGCCCUCUACCCCCUGCAGGCUGCCCUCUACCCCCUGCAGGCUGCCCUCUACUCCUGUAGGCUGCCCUCUACCCCUGCAGGCUGCCCUCUACUCCUGCAGGCUGCCUUCUACCCCUGCAGGCUGCCCUCUACCCCCUGCAGGCUGCCCUCUACCCCUGCAGGCUGCCCUCUACCCCUGCAGGCUGCCCUCUACUCCUGCAGGCUGCCCUCUACCCCCUGCAGGCUGCCCUCUACCCCUGCAGGCUGCCCUCUACCCCCUGCAGGCUGCCCUCUACUCCUGCAGGCUGCCCUCUACCCCUGCAGGCUGCCCUCUACUCCUGCAGGCUGCCUUCUACCCCUGCAGGCUGCCCUCUACCCCCUGCAGGCUGCCCUCUACCCCUGCAGGCUGCCCUCUACUCCUGCAGGCUGCCCUCUACCCCCUGCAGGCUGCCCUCUACCCCCUGCAGGCUGCCCUCUACCCCCUGCAGGCUGCCCUCUACCCCUGCAGGCUGCCCUCUACCCCUGCAGGCUGCCCUCUACCCCUGCAGGCUGCCCUCUACCCCUGCAGGCUGCCCUCUACCCCUGCAGGCUGCCCUCUACCCCUGCAGGCUGCCCUUAAUCCCUGCAGGCUGCCCUCUACCCCCUGCAGGCUGCCCUCUACCCCUGCAGGCUGCCCUCUACCCCUGCAGGCUGCCCUCUACCCCUGCAGGCUGCCCUCUACCCCUGCAGGCUGCCCUCUACCCCCUGCAGGCUGCCCUCUACCCCCUGCAGGCUGCCCUCUACCCCUGCAGGCUGCCCUCUACCCCUGCAGGCUGCCCUCUACCCCUGCAGGCUGCCCUCUACCCCUGCAGGCUGCCCUCUACCCCUGCAGGCUGCCCUCUACCCCUGCAGGCUGCCCUUAA